CAGUCAUAAAGAGAAACCACGGGUUACACACGUCUUUGGCUUCAGUUUGUCUCGAGCUUUCUUCAGACGAGCAGCGAGUCAUCAUAGUACUCUUCGAGAGUAAUCUUCAAUCGAACGCAAACUACAAUAUGGACGUCAUAAAAGCAGGUUGGUUCAGCGAAGUGAACGAUCUUUGGCCCGGCGUAGCACUCUCCUUGGAAAUAGAAGAAGUUUUGCAUUCCGAACGAUCUCAAUUUCAAGAUAUCUUGGUAGUAAAAACAAAAUCACAUGGCAAGGCUUUGAUGCUCGACGGUGUGAUUCAAUGCACCGAAAAAGAUGAGAUGUCUUACCACGAGAUGAUAUCAUAUUUAUCACUCUGUAAUCAUCCUAAACCUGAACAUAUCCUGAUAGUCGGAGGUGGUGAUGGUGGAACUGUUCGAGAAGUCUUGAAACAUCCGGAUGUUAAAACGGUUACGCUAGUGGAAAUCGACGAUCGAGUUAUCGAAGUGUGCAAGCAAUAUUUACCUGAUUUGAGUUUGAACCUUGAUAAUCCUAAAGUAAACAUUUCUAUUGGCGACGGUUUCAAAUACUUAAGGGAUCACUUAGGAGAAUUUGACGUCAUCAUUACUGACAGUAGUGAUCCUGUAGGUCCUGCUGAAAAUCUCUUUAAGCAAUCGUAUUAUGAAUUACUGAAGGCGGCGUUGAAGCAAGGUGGAAUUGUUGCUAGUCAAGCUGGUACGGUAUGGAUGAACAUGGAUCAAGUGUGUAGCACAUUACAGCAUUGCAAGAAUGUGUUUCCCGUUGCUGCCUACGCGGUGACAAGUGUGCCGACAUAUCCCACAGGACAAAUCGGUUUCGUUCUUGGAAGUUUAGAUGAAGAAACAAAUUUGGCCGAACCGAUAAGGAUAUUCAGCGAUGAAGAACUUGAUCGUAUGUCAAUGUCGUAUUACAAUGAUAAGAUACAUAGGGCAGCUUUUAUCCUACCAAGAUUUGUGGAAAAAGCAUUUGCGCGAUGCUUAUAGAGGCUAAGCGUAUUUAGCGAUAUUUAUUAAAUUCAAUGUAAGAGCAGCAAUCGAUGUGAAAUAUGUUUGCAUUAAUAUUAGCAUGUAAAUAAUGCUUGAUAUCUUUGUAAUGUUUUAGAUAAAAAUGAAAAUUACUCUAAU